GAGCGCGGCCGCUGCCUUCCCCCGGGGAGUCGCUGGCGCCGUGGGGUCUCCGGCAGCGCCGGCGAAGGGUUAAUGGGAAGCCCCACGCCCCCUUUGACGGAACUGAGCCAACCUCACCAAAUUUGAAAAGGCAUCCGGAGUUGCGUGUGCGCCCUGGGGGCAGGGAGCCGGCGCUGGGCGCGGGGGUCCCCGGGCUCUAGGAGCAGCCGCCAGGGCUUAGCUUGCAGGGGGGAUUUGGCUUUCCUUGGCCAGCCAGGCGCAGAGGUGAUCUGUGUCUUAAGGAGCGCUCCUGCUCCGACAGCCCCGGAUCUCCCCCAGCCCGCUCGCCGGUCGGCGUGACUCCGGAUUGCGGAGGCAAAGAACCGGCGUCUUUGUGCAGUGUGGCCCCGGCUCCAGCGCUUCUCGCUGGGAAGAUGAAGUUGGCGCUUCUCUGGCCCUGGUGGUGCUGUUUCUGCGGCUGCACGCUCGGGACCGGCUUCCUCUACCAGUUCCCCGCCUCCACUUUGCAGCACAACUACCCCGAGCAGAGCUCGGGGUCGCCAGGCAGCGGCUUCACAAACCGCCGGCAUUGGUGUCAUUACACGGUCACACGGACAGUUUCCUGCCAAGUGCAAAAUGGCUCGGAGACGGUGAUCCAGAGGGUUUAUCAGAGCUGCCGAUGGCCUGGACCUUGUGCCAACUUAGUGAGUUACAGGACUCUUAUCAGGCCCACGUACAAAAUGUCUUACCGCACAGUGACCACCCUGGAGUGGAGAUGCUGUCCCGGGUUCACAGGGAGUAACUGCGAAGAGGAGUGCAUGAACUGCACGAGACUGACGGAUAUGACGGAGAGGCUGAACACGCUGGAAGCCAAGAUUCUUCUGCUUGAGUCUGCAGAGCGCACACCCCCUUCCGAGAACGACCUGCCAAUCGCCAGGACAACAGCCUCGUGGUAUGACGACUUGCUCCCAGACGCGAUUCCCCUGGUAAAUCCUGGGACGGUGCUGAGGAAGCCGGUGGGACCAGCUGGGGUGCCAGGACAGAUCGGGCUCCCAGGUCCUAUUGGACCAGUUGGACUUCCAGGACCUCCAGGACCAAAAGGAGACCGGGGAGACACUGGCGAGAGGGGGCCAGCCGGGCCACCAGGACUUCUGGGACCUCAAGGACCAAGAGGACUUCCAGGAGAAACUGGGAUCCCUGGCCCUCCAGGACCUCCAGGGCCACCUGCAUCCCCAGGCCUGCCGCUCACUGUCCAACAAGGGGUUCUCUACUCGCUGCAGCCCACGGCUGAAAAAGAAAAUGGAGAACCCCAGCUGGCUUCCACCAUCAUAGACACGAUCAUGGCUGGCUUGCCAGGGCCACGUGGCGCACCAGGGCCUGUUGGGCCACCAGGACCUCCAGGCACUUCAGGACCCAAGGGGCCCCCAGGACCUACUGGAGUUCCUGGAUCACAAGGUGUUCCGGGCUCUCCUGGACAGCCUGGGCCUAAAGGUUCCAAAGGAGAUCGAGGUGAAAGAGGGCAAGCAGGCCUGUCUGGAGAGAGGGGCAAUAAGGGACUGCCUGGUGAACCUGGCAAGAAGGGUGAAGAAGGAGAUAAAGGGGCUGAUGGAGAAGGAGUUCAACAACUUCGAGAAGCCCUGAAGAUUUUAGCUGAGAGGGUGUUAAUUCUAGAGCAUAUGAUAGGAAUUCAUGAUUCUUUAUCUUCCAUGGAGCCGGGCUCAGGGCAGGAAGUGAUCGCAGGCACCUCUCUACGAACGAGCAUCAAAAUCAAACGCGGCGGCCCCGAGCAGCGGCACCACCCCUAUCACCUUCUCUCUUCACUGCUGGAGGACAGUGAAGCCAAAAGGAAAAGCAACUGAAUGAAACAGGAGCAUUUGUGCAUUCUACAGCCCCUUCACUGACUAAAGAUACAGUAUCCUAGUGCUUAACCACCGCAUGCAGAAGGAAGUGGGUAGGAGUCUGCAGGGUUAGCAGUAAGGUUUCCAUGCCUGGACACUGCUAAACUACUCCUGCAAGGAGUGUCUUAACUGUAGCUCAAAGGUUCUUACGAAGAGCAAUUCCUCUUCCCCCUACUUCCGAAUACACCAAAUGGCAGGCAUUCUUAAAAGCCAUCCCUGGAAAUGGAUAGUCCUUAGCCCUCUUCCAAGAGCUUGCAGCUCCCCCCCUCCACAAAUUAUUUGUUUAAAAGACUGCACAGCUGGCUCAAACAUCAUUCAUUCUACCCUAGCUCAAAGCAAAGUCCCCGAGCAAUAUUUUGGUGGCAUCUGGUUAUUUUUAGACAUGUUUUAUUUUCACAAUAUAAUUUCCAGUCAUGCCCCUUUCCAUACACUACUAAAGCCACGGAAAUAUUUCCUUUUAUAGAAAAGAGCAAAAAACACGAAGAAACUUUCACCUCUUUGUGGAGUGUCUUUGUUUCAGAUUGUGUUGCUUAUUCAAAAUCUCUGGCAAAUUUCAUUUAUUCCUGGGCUUUCUGGUUGAAAUUUAAAAUCAGGGAGUUGAGUUGUGUUUGGUUGGUUGUGUGAAUGGAGUAUUCUUUUUUUGUUCCCCGAUUGCAUGAAUAGUUUUACUAUCCAAUUUCUGGUAUAAAUAAUGAACGAAUGUAAAAUUAUUUCCCAUGCAUAUUCAAGUGUAAAAGAUCGAAAUCCUUUUGGCAAAACAUUCAUAGCAAGCAAGACAAAAUUGUAAGAAAGCUUGCAUAGAGUGAACACAAAAUAGGUAUGAACGCAGCCAAGAAGAAUUCAAUUCUUCUUAGGAACAAAUAUACACUGAAAAGGUUUUGCACUAUUUACCCAGCUUUAAAUCAGAAGCCAGAACUCACUAUAUAGUUUUUUAUUUAUAUUAUGGAUAUUUUUAAAAGUAUCCAUCAUCUCCUCGUGGUUUGAAUCUGGAGCAUCGUGCUGGCAAAACACAGUAGGAGGAUUAGACUCUUACCAGAGGGUUGUCUUGUGAUCUUGCAGCUAAAUGCCCAAUCGUUUUACUUUUUGCAGUAGCUCUUAUUAUUGGGGAGACAGACUACCCCUAUUAAGAGGCCAAACAGGAAUUUCACAUCUGCUGUCAAAACAAAUUGGACAAGUUAAUGUUACUCAUGUAGUCAAUAAAAUUACUUUUUAAUAGCAGGAUUGGAUGACCAGAGCAACUGAUAAUAGGUUGCAGAAUUUUUCAUUGUUCAGUCACUAAAAUUCUUUCCAAGGCACCAGUGAACAAAUGUUGUGUGUCUGUUGUUUGGUGACUUAAGUGAAUUCAUAGCAUUACUCAGGCUAGUUCCUAGUGCAAAUAUAUCAACAUCAAAAAGGCACCCUUGUAAUUCCUUAGCAGCUUUGUUGGCAAUCUCAACAGAGAAAUCAAGGACAUGAAUGGUGCAUGGAGACAGAAGUACUCUCUUACUGCUAAAGGUGGUCUUCCCAGGUCAGAAUGGAGGCAUGCUGAAAACUGGGACCCGGCACAGCCUAUGGAUAUGUAGUCCAUGCCUACAGUUUCAGUCUGACUUAGCUUAACACCAGUUUAAAAAAGUGUGUGUGUCUGUGUGUGUGUGUGUGUGUGUGUUAAUUCUGUGUACAUACUUACACACACACACACACACACACACAGCCUCUGUGUCUAGAUAGAUACCGAUAGCAAGAGCUUGACAAAUAAUGCAAUUUACUCACCCGUGGCUAGUAGAUUGCAACCCGGAAGAGCCGGGUUUGGGUCAUCUGCAUAUGCGCACAAUGAUCUGCGCAUGUGCAGAAUGAUCUGCGCAUGCGCAGAUCUCAGGACAGCACGGCUGGCGAGCAGGGGAUUGAGAGGAAUGGUCACUUCUAGGACAACAAAAUAAGGUAUUCAGAGUAGAUGUUAGCUGCAAGCCCAAUGCUGCAUCCAGUGACAAUGUGUAUAUAAAUAAUUCGGAAUGAGAUCAGUAGUUUUUAGAAACAGUUGGCAGCCAUCUCUCAGUCUAAAUACAAACAUGAAUGCACAGAGCACAACUAUACCAAGACAGGUGGUAGACAAACAAGAAAAGCCCCGUGAACCACCCUAAACGUAUUUCUUCCACUCACUCACGGAAGUGGAAUAGAGUUAUAGAAAGGGAAUUUAGAUCACGAAAUCUUGUGGAAGGACAGUGGUUUAUAGCAGAGCCAUGCCAUGCUUACGUUAAUUUUGUUCCUGGGCUGGUUGACGGUUUCCUUUAAAAAAAAACUCCCUGACCACGUAUUUUUAUAUGUCUGCCUCUGGUGAGACAUUUACAAAAGGUGGUUGAUUACUUCUGUUGAUAAGCUGAGGUCCUAUCCUGCAUCUAUUACCAGGCAGAAUGCUAACUAUGUGUUCAGGGAAUAGGUCACUGACAGCAUGUUUACACUGCAGCAUUAUUUCAAAAUAACUCACAUUAUUGAAGGUGCGUGUCUACACAGCAAGUCCGGCUUCUUAUUCCGACUUCUGUAACCCUCAUUUCACAAGUAGUAAGGGAAGUCAAAGGAAGAGUGUUCUUCCUUCGACUUCCUGCUAUGUAGACAGCACCAAAAGUCGAGUUAAACUACUUCAAGUUCAGCUACACAAUUAACAUAGCUGAAGUUGCGUAGCUUAACUCUUUAGCCCACAGUGUAGACGUGCCCUGAGACAUGAAGAGAAAUCAGUUUAAUGAAAUGAUGUAUGCUGGUCAUGCGGGCGUGAGCUGCAUUUCAUCAGCUUGCUAGGGAAGACUUUUCCCAUAGCAGGAUUUCAGAGGCAAAGCCUCAAGCUGAUCUUUAAAAAGGGAAAUAUCAAUAUUCUAUUUUGAUGAGUCUGACUGUUGGAUAUAAUUUGGGAAGGGGGAGAGAAACUAUGCAGUGGGUUCAGUUUUCCUUGAGCUUUUGGAGACUUCCAAAUGAGUUAAAGGGGACAGGUUUCAUUCCCACAGAUUAGUAUUUGGGAAUUAAAAACCAAUUGCAUUAGCUUGAUGAGUAGCCUCUUUAGUUGAUUCACAUUUGACUAGCACUCUGGGUUUUAAUUAAAUUAUUCAAAACAACUGAAUAAAGUAAGAUGAAAAAGUUAAUUGAAAUUGUUUGCAAUUAAUCCUACCAGAUUGAUUGGUUGUGAGAAGGCUGGUUUAGGUUCAGAUUGCAACACCAUUUUAAUUAUCAGCUUUCACAGAUUUCUAUAAAGACCUAUAUAUUUUUUUGCUUAGCUACACCUAUUAGUGUGGUACUGUAUCUUUAAUCUGGGUAACAAUAGGACCAUAUAGUGUGGACAUUGUCACUGGACUAGGGUUAAAUUCCUCACUAUUAAGUCAAUCAGACCAUACUGUGGUACAGUCUUAGAUUUGAAAGUGAAAGGUGAACUUAGCCUCAUAUGUUGACAUAAAUGAUAUUUGUGACGAAAUAAACCAAUCUAACCACAGUUUCCAUCUUAGGCAGGAUACUAAGAUUCAUUAGCCUGAGCAUAUGCAUUUUACCAUCUCUGUGUAAUUUAGGGGGUGGACAUAUUUCAAAUGCGUGCUCAUUUAGAAAUAUACUUUAAUUGAAAUGUUAGUGGUUUUUUCUUACAUGCAUAUUGUGCAAUACCAUAGUGUGUCCUUUUGCCUUUAAACUUCUUUGCAAUUUUUCAAGUCCCUCUCUGAACUCCGAUACUUUUCGACUUGAAUUGCUUCUGGGAGUAGAAAAACACUUUUUUCCUUGCCUUGAGCUAACCUGAAGCACUGUCUGUAUAUUGCACAGUAUAAUAGGUGUAGUUUGUGCACCCCGACUUUCACUAGUGCACUGAUACUCUUUGGGGAAAUAGGGUAUCCAAUAGUCACUUAUUCUAAAGACUUGACAGCAAUGCAGAAAAUUAAAAAUAAGCUAGAAAUAAGGGCUGUAUCCUGCUUCAGCUGCUGUGACAGGCUCUUGCAAUUGACUUUAAUGGGAGCUGGCAGAGGACACAUGUUCAGAUCCAGAUCAUCAGCUGGUGUAAACGAGGACAGGUCCAGCGAUGUCGAAGGAACUAUGAUUUACCCUAGCAGAAGAUCUGGCUCACAACUUUGGAUCUAGGUUCUGUUCCAGUCUAUAGAAUAAAGUAGAAAUAAAGAAUAAACUACACUGAUGGUUUCAGGAGGACAGACAGAAAAACCCUGGGAGUACACAAAGGUAGGUUCUUGACUGACUAAUUGGAAAUUCCCUGUAGUCCACAAGUUAUGACCUUUACAUUGGUCAAGAUUACAUUCCAUUCUGCUCCAGCAUUUGGGGGGAAGAGACAUUAACUACUAUUAAUUCUGAAAUGCAGUGAAAUCAAAGGUGCUAUACAUGUCCAUAGAGCACAUUCCCAAAUGUAGAAGAAAAUGUUAACUUCUUCACAACUUAUUUUACAGUCUUUUUUUUAUUUAUAGCCGUGUGUUUUGUGUGUGUGCAAGGGGGUCCCAGCUUUUAUAACCAUAAUAAAUUCUACAAUCAUUUGAUCUUUUAUAGUGAAGUCAUAUGUGGCAUUUUGUGAUAUUGUGUGUGAUUUUUUUAAGAGAACAGUAAUGAAUCUCUUGUGACAUAAUGAACUCAUUUAUGACAGGUUCGCACAUUUGUCAUCAGACUUCACUAAAGGACUAUAUAACCCACCCACCCACCCCCCAACCUGUUAGCUCCAGCCCUUGCAUGGUUAAUUCUCUGUUUUCAUAUUGCUAUAUUAUUGUUCAUGGUAUCUUUUCCUCUUUGUUUGCUAUGGGGUUUGUUACUGUAUAUGGAAUGUUUUGUAUUCAGCAUUUUUUUUUACAGAACAAAGUGGGAACAAUACUCAAGAACCCACAAAUACCAAAGACCUUUCAUGUAAUGCACUGAAAAAUAAACAUACUGUAAGUGAA